AUGGGCUGCUGCGGAGACCGAGAGAAACUCGGCCAGACCAGGCUGGAGCAGACAUGGGACUACAUUAACUUGACCGACUUUAAAAGCAGCUCUUGCUUCACGGGCUUUUCCUAUUUUAUGGUCUGGUUCUUCAUGGUGGUUUCAAUCGCCGUAUACGCCGUCGAUACCUUUACUGCCGUCAAUUUGCUCGCUUUCUCGCGCUGGUCUAGCCAGAUUAAACCAAAAAUUCCUAUCCGUAUUUCGCGCUGGAUCUUCGCCGGUUGUAUCAUUGCUUCGUUUGUGCUUCUGGCCUACCGAUGGAUUCGAGCGAUCCGUGUGAUGCGAUCGGACAGUAUUGCUGAAAGUUACCUCGAUCCUCUUGCUGUCCGCGUACAAAGUAUUCGCGUCGGCAAGGCCAAAGGUUACCGGCGAUUUCUGGUUUUUGCCGAGUUGACCAAGAGUAAGAAAGGUGCCGACUACGUGGCUCUCUUUGCAUACUUCUCGUUUGAAGCUUGGCUUCGUAUCAUUUUCGCCGAUGGGCCCCGUCAGGUUCUUAACGCUAUUACUCUAUACUCGGUUUUGCAGUUAAAUUUGAUUCCAGAAGGCUCACAUGCUGCUCCCGAUGGAACCUCUUCGGUUGCCCAGUUCUUCAUCAACAUCAAAGCAUUGGCGGACAAAAACUAUCAACAAGCCGUGAUUCUAUUUGGCAUGCUGUUCACACUGAUUAUUUGGGUAAUUGCUGCGCUCAGUCUGUUGAUCUCGGUUAUUCUUUACCUUAUUUUCUUGUGGCAUCACAUUCCUUCAGAAGAUGGCUCGCUCAAACGCUACUGCCGGCGGAAAAUUAACACUCGACUAGAACGUAUCGUGAGGAAGAAGACAGCCAAGGCUUUGGCCCAUGACGUCCAGCUGCUGGACCGAGCGCCAACGAUGCCUCUAUCCGAAGGAGAAGAGCUCAAGCCUUUCAAAAUGGCACCAACCUUGCCUUCUCUUCAAGAGUAUCCAGAAGAUAAGAAGCCUAUCGUGACUGUUGCGCCGCUAUCACGGCAGACAACCCAAACCACGCUGCCUCCAUACCGUUCGCAGACGGGGCUUGGGCCGAACGACGAAGACAUGCACCAGCAACCAACUCUGCCAGAUCUCGGCGUCGAUCGCCCGUGGUUGACCAAGACCAAUACUCAGAAUUCUGCUUAUUCGGAGUCUUCUUCAUUGACAGCAAGUGCAGAGCCAAUGGGAUACAGCCCUCUUGACCAUCAACAACCGCACAUGCCGUCUCUGCCCCCUGUGCCAUUCGAUCCUACUCAGGGUCGAUCGUAUUCCCCUGCCAUGAAUCGCCCUGGCACCGCGCAAGGUGGUCGAGGCCCGAUGCCUAUGGAAGGCCCUGGUCGUCGAGGUCCAGGAGGAUACCCUCAACCGCCGCCAUCAGGAAUGGGUCGUCGCACACCUGGCUAUUCCCAAGGCGAUAACUAUGGACAAGGCCCCAUGCCGGGAGACAACAUGAUGUCUGGUCAACGACCCUUUGGGGCUUCGAAUAGUCGCCCGUAUUCACCUGCCAACACUCCUGCUGGUGGUCCACGGUAUCCUCAGGCCAACUUUGCACCUGAUGAUCGUUCGUACACUCCAGUGAAUGGUCCAACUGGUGAUCGACCACCCCCUCCGAUAAAGGACUCGGCCGAUAUUCGUCCAUACUCGCCGGCAAAUAAUGUUCGCCCUUAUUCGCCCGCAUCCACACCGGCCAAUGCUGGUCUCUACCAGCCAGCAAAUAACUAUGCUGAUAGUCGUUCAUUCUCGCCUGCAAACAAUCCUCCAGGCCGUUCGCUUACUGCGCUCAAUACGACUGUCCCAACGCCCCAUGCAGAUCCCGUCAAUCGCAGCUACAGUCCUGGCGGUGGGACAGCGUCUCCACGUCCUCAAAACAAUGGGGGUUACCAGGCGUUCAACCCGUUUGCUGCCUCAGCAAAUGACGAAACGCCAUCUCAUCCAGCGCCUGCUGCCCCAUCGCAACCAAUUGUUCGGCCUUCGACAACAGCGCCGACUCACGCCGCUCCUUUCCAGGGUUAUGCCGCCAACCCCCGCGCAGCCACAGCGUCACCAUCCCACGCGAAUGGUCGACGACCUCCACCACACAACCAGACGCAAGAAGAGGACGAAUACGACCCUCUGUCAUACUAUGGCAGUAGUUAA